CCGGAGCUUCCUGUCUGUUAAUCCACUUGUUCAGCAGAGGAGAGGGGCGGGGAAUUGCUUACGGACUUACAUUUUCACCAGAACUCCAAUCAUGUCGCAGGCAAACGGUUAAACGGCGCCCAGACAGAGCAGCAAAGCCGGCACUUGAGCACCAUGUCGAGUUUGAGCAGAGCUGCUGUCCUCGGCGCCUCCGUCGCUGUGGCGGGAGGAGUCGCUUAUCUUAUCUGGAACUAUGCGUCCUCCUCCGGGGAGGAGAAGCCCGAAACACGCCUGGGAGAGGUCGGUGAAAGUGACAGAGAGCAGAGGGAAGGAGAGAAGGAUGAAAUAAGAGAGGAAGAGACUCCGGUGAUUAAAGCUCAGCAGCAGCAGACACAGUUUGCUGAGCCAACAACGGCCGUGGUUGAACCUGUAGCAGCUGCUGAAGCUCGGAACACAUCGCAGUCCCAACCUGUGGAGUCAGAGGGAACACAGGUUCUGGUUCUGGGUCUCGAUGGAUCCGGAAAGACCAGCCUGCUGCAGUCUUUGUCCACCGGCCGCCUGGAGCAGGACAUACAGCCGACACAGGGCUUCAACGCCGUCUCCAUCAACAAAGAUGACUGCUAUAUCGAGUUUCUGGAAAUUGGAGGUAAAGAGGAUCUGCGGCCAUAUUGGCAGAAAUACAUCCCUAAAGCACUGCUGCUGGUGUUUGUAGUCGACUCGUCCAACCCGCAGCUCUUUCCAGUGGCGAAGAAACACCUACACGAGCUGCUAGCCUCUCGACCGAGCCUGCCUUUAAUGGUGCUGGCCAACAAACAGGACCUUCCAGGUUCCUGCGGCAUCACUGACCUCCACGACGCUCUGUCUCUAUCCGAGCUCGGCGACCGGCGCUUGUUCCUCAUCGCUACCCACGUGAAGAAGGGCGAGACGGAGCUGAGCUCUGGCGUGCAGGACGCUCAGGCCCUGAUCUCCCAGUUGGUUUGUGACGGUUUAUGAAACGCACUGUUAACUCCUGUCACUUAAUCACAUUCAGUGAGCGCUUUGCACUUUUUUUUUUUUUUUACUUUACUGUUUUCACUACGUCUGUAGGCUAAACCUCUGGUAUUUAUUUCUGGUGGCAUUUCACAUUUGUGAGGAGAAAAAAAAACCCUCACUGUGUUUGUUGGCCUGUUAAAUUUUUUAUUGAUUUGUGUCAAACUGGGAGAACACAAAACCAUUAUCUCUAUUUUUGUCCCAGCAGGUGAUGUGUGGAGCCACAAAUGUUAACAUUUGCAAGACUGUUACUGUGUUUUAAAUCUUUAAUUCCUUCUAAUGUUGUUUGGAGCUACAGUUGCAGUAGUCUUGAAAUCAAUCUUAAUGAUUUAAAUGUGUCAGCGUAUUUCAUACUUGCAUACAAAUCUCAAGCUGCUUAAAUUCGUCAUAUCAGCUGAGACAAGUGGCCCAAACUAACUUUUACUGACUGAGAUCUCAAAUUAAAACAUAACAUUUUGUGCUUUUGGACUGUACACCACCACAGUGAACAUCAAGUCCAGACUUUCAGCUUUAAUUCGUGGGUUUUAAUAGAAGUGCUGCAUGAAUUGUUGAGGAAUUACAGCCAUUUUUAUACACACCCCUCCUUCUCCAUACAUUUGUCUACCCAUUAUUCUGGUAAAAGUUAGUCUUGGUUUAAUCUGUUCUAACAUAUAUAUAUUUAUAUGAUUUUUGACAAAGUGUGAUCGGGCUUUCCUGGAUUGUACACUAGCAGUCUUGACUUGGUUAGAUAGUAAUGCUGUUUCGUAACCAUGGAAAGAACUCUGGGAUCAUUCUCACUGAUUUUUCCUCCCCGGUGUUCCAGGCCUUUAGGUUUUGCUGAGCUGGCCGAUACCACAUUAUUGAUUUGGCCUCUCCUCAAGUGUUUGCUGUCUCUCUCUGAUAGGUUUAGUUUGGUUUUCAGAUCAAUGAAGACCUUCUCCGCUUUAAUCGACACUUCUUUGGACCUCAUAUUGAGAAAUCCAGUGAACGGCCAUCAGAUGCAAGUUUAACACUUGGAAGCAACUUCAAAUCUUUUAUCUGCUGGAUUUCUAUUGAGUAACGAGCAGGGAAUUGUUCAUCAACUGUCCAAUUACGUUUGAGACUGGACUGUGCCAGUCUGUGAAGCCCUUAAAUUUAAGAUAAAAGUCUGUUCUUCAAACACAUCUGGACUGUUUGAUUUAAAAUCCUCUGUGGUGGUGUAUGGAAAAAGGCAAAAUUACAACAACAAAAAAAUCAUGAAGGGUUUAACUGUUAAAAUGUUA